CAAGAGUUUGUUGAGAGAAAAGGAAAGCUAGGGCAACCUAUAAUACAAAAGUCAGUGAACAGGAAAAUAAAUAAAUAAAUUUAUUUAUAACUACUUCAUUCAAGCUAUCAGUCCCCGUUACUUUGCUUUUACAACACAUAUUUUUAAUUUUAUUCUCAACCCAACCCUAAUUUGAUCCAAUCUUGAGGGCUUUUAUUGUCUUCAUAAAUGAACAAAAGCAUGCCCAUUUGUCAAUCAUUUGUAAUUUCGUUGAUCCAUGCCUCCAUGCAGUGUCAAAAUCGGUUCUGUUGUUGUGUAAUUCGUGCGUUUCUAGAUUAAUUUCCUUCUUUUUUCUUUGUCUAAUAAUUUUCGGGAUGUAUAUAGAGGAAGUGAAGGAAGAGGAAGAGGAGGUGAAUAGAGGAAGAGAUAAUAAAAUUAGAAGCAGUGGCGUUGUGAUUUUGGACGCGAAACGGGUUUUAGUUGGAGCAGGAGCUCGUGCUUUGUUUUACCCUACCUUGUUUUAUAAUGUUCUAAGGAACAAGCUUCAAUCUGAGUUUCAUUGGUGGGAUAGGGUUGAUCAGUUCAUAUUGUUAGGUGCUGUUCCCUUUCCUACUGAUGUUCCUCGCUUGAAAGAACUUGGGGUUUCUGCUGUAGUUACCUUAAAUGAACCCUAUGAGACUUUGGUCCCUACAUCACUAUAUCAUGCUCACAAUAUUGUUCAUUUGGUCAUUCCAACUAGAGAUUAUCUGUUUGCUCCAUCAUUUGCUGAUAUAUGCCAAGCUGUAGAUUUCAUUCAUGAAAAUGCCUCCCUUGGGAAGACGACUUAUGUUCACUGUAAGGCUGGUAGAGGGCGCAGUACAACCAUUGUUCUCUGUUACCUUGUUCACCACCAGCACAUGACACCUGAUGCUGCAUACAAGUAUGUGAGGUCUAAUAGGCCAAGGGUAUUGUUGGCCCCUUCCCAGCGGCAGGCUGUUCAGGAUUACUAUCUUAAGGUGAAGAAAACUGGCAAUCCUGGUUGGAUAGCAAAGAAAACAUCAAAUUAUCUAAUAGAAGAAGAGGUCAAACAGGACUUGGCAAUGUCUGAAGAUGGUUCAUUUGUGGUGGUAACCAAAUCAGAUCUUGAUGGAUAUGAUGUUGGGCGUGAAUCAAUUGUGGGGAAUAACAAGAUUUUGGGUGAACUUAGCCUGGUUUGCAGGGUUCAGUUUGCCAGUCAGGUAGCAAUUUCCAGACUUUCAUGUCUGUGGCUUGGAUGCCAUGCAAACCAGAAAUCCUCAAGGAAAGAGCUUGAGGGCUCUGCUGGAGAUGACCAGUUAAGAAGUCUUACUGUUGAUAUCCAAGUUCAUUGAGAUGUCAAAAUCUACAGGAGGUGUGAUUUCUGGGUUUUAUUUGUUUGUUCUUUAGUUUUCGUUGGAUCGACGCAAGAAAAGUGAAUAUUUUAGAAGAGUGCCUUUUUUUUUUUUUUCCCUUUCCUGUUGUGUUCUUUUUCGUGGUUUGGGAUAAGAAAUGGGAGCUAUGAAGAAGAUGGUAGCAUCCCUUUGUCGUUUCAGUUGAUAUAGAUCUUCUAGUGGAGCAACAAAAAAUUUGGCAGGCAAUAUUCUAGAUGAAUAAUUUUUUCUUGAAUGAGUUUCUAUGGCUGAGUUAUGCUGUUAUAAAAGGCAAGAAUUCCGGGAUUGUAUUGUCAGUAUGUGCACAUGAUAUAUAUGCCAUAUUCUAUUCUAA